AUGAGUGGAGUUCCAGUUUCUUACGAAGUUUAUGACGGAUCAACAUUUCUCCAAGCGGCCUUACAAUCAAUCCUUUGUGUCAACUACUUUGACAUCCCAUUAAUUGUCUAUUUUGUUGCUCUUGGAACUUUCUUUUACAUAUCUCGCAAAGUUAGAAACAGUACAUUUUUAUUAACAAUUAUUUACUUUAUCUCCAUCUCUUGCGUAUGCUUUACCGAAAAUGUCAAUGCAUAUUUCAACGAAAAUUGGGAACAAUAUAAAUUCUCAAAUAAUUACUUCGAUCCAGAAUGUGUUUUCAUUUUCAUUUUCUGGACAGCUCCAUUUUCGAUUAUUUCGACCGGCAUUACCUUUGGAUUUUUCUUCGAUCUUUGCAAAUCUAUUGCAGUUCAUCGUUUCUUCAGUACAAUUCUUCCUACUGUUAAGAAUGAGGAAUCUAAACCAAAGGAAAAGUAA